CCAGAACUUUAUGCUUCUGCGUCUGUCAAAACAUGGUUGCUUGCUUUUUAUAGCGUUGAGCUUCUUUACGGUAAUGCGAGUUUUAACACCGCGCAAAAAAGGGUUUUCUGCUCCUUUUAUGCUGGUCGCGUUAUAUAUUCAAUACUUAUUGAGUAGUCUCAUACGUAUACAUGAGCUUUCUGUUGACUUGAGCAUAUCUUUGAUGCGGCUUGUUUGGUAAGGAGUACCUUAAUACUUUGGCAAUGUUUAAUGACUCAAGUAGCUUGUUACGGUCUCCGUGGUACGCUUGAAUGAUAUGUGAAAAAUACAACAACAGUUUGUAAUACAUCCCACGCCGACUUAUAACUGAGUUGCUCAAGGGCCCCGAACAAUUGGUUCUGCGA